AUGGUCUGGAAUCCCUGGUCAUCCGGUGACUCCAAAACAACCUCCUCCGACGGCGGCCGCAUCGCACCAGACCGAACAAGCCGCGCACGCUGCUGGGAAGGCCGGGAUCUCUUCUUCGCCUGCCUGGACAAAAACGAUAUUCUGGACGGCAUCAAAGAAGACGGCAAGGCACGACAGAAGUGCGCCAAAGAGGUUGCGGAGUUCGAGGAAGCGUGUUCAAAGAGCUGGAUGAAAUACUUCAAGGAGAAACGGGUGAUGGAAUACAACCGGGACAAGACGAUUGAGCGGAUUCAGAAUGAGGAUGCGGCCAAGGUCAAGGAAUUGAAGUCGCAAGGAUGGAACUCCAAAUAA